UCUUCUCCCCCUGCCUGAAGCUGUACACCAAAACGAAAGCUGCACGCUACGCAAUGCACCUUAUUCCGCACGUUUUGAGCUGCCAGGGUGCCCUUUAAGGCUCUCCCACAGGCCGCGGGGCGGGCCCGUCCCGCUCCCUGCCCGGCCUUGGAGCCCCGCGGGGCGGGCUCUUCCCUAUCCCGGCGCGGCCCGGCGGAGCGCUCCGGCGGCGGGAUGGUGCAGGCCUGGUACAUGGAUGAGUCCCAGGAGGACCAGCGGGCACCCCACCGGCAGCAGCCGAACCGCGCCGUCAGCCUGGAGCAGCUGCGCCGCCUCGGCGUCGUGUACCGCCGGUUGGAUGCUGAUAACUAUGAGACCGAUCCAUGCCUGAAAGAGAUCCGGAGAGCAGAAAAUUAUUCUUGGAUGGAUAUAGUGACCAUACAUAAAGACAAGCUUCCAAAUUACGAGGAGAAGAUAAAAACAUUUUAUGAAGAACAUUUACACCUAGACGAUGAAAUUCGCUACAUCUUAGAUGGAUCUGGCUAUUUUGAUGUUCGAGACAAGGAUGACAAAUGGAUCCGGAUUUCCAUGGAGAAAGGAGACAUGAUAACCCUCCCUGCCGGCAUAUAUCACCGAUUUACACUGGAUGAGAACAACUAUGUGAAGGCAAUGAGGCUGUUUGUUGGAGAACCUGUCUGGACAGCGUACAACAGGCCGGCUGAUGACUUCCCUGCUCGGAAACAGUAUAUGAAAUUUUUGGCUGACGAAGCACAGUAAUGGUGUCUGAGACCUGACAGGUGGAACAGCCUGAAGCCCUGUCAGAAUAAAUGUGCCUAGUGGCUUUUCACUGAUUAAACUUCUAUUUAUACAGGCAACUGGAAUCAGAGAAUCAUAGAAAAAUUUAGAUUGACGGAUUAUUUGGAAAUCAUUUAAUCCAAUCCUGUGAAAUACUAUGCAAGUUUUAAAGCUAGACCAAGUCGCUCAAGACCCUGAGGUUUCCAAACCUGGUGGUGAAGGUUCCACUGCUGUCUGGGUGCCCAUUUCAGCACUUAGCUGCUCCAAUGGCCAAGCAUUUUUUCUUCAUGGCCAACUCCCUGGUGGCAGUUUGCAGUUAUAGUCUCUUGCCCUUUCAUUUAAUGCCUGAGAAGAGUCUGGCUCUGUCUUCUCCACAGUCCCUGCUCUAGUGGGAAACUGUAGUUAGGUCUCCUCUAAGCCUUCCCUUCUCCAGGCUGGACAAACCAGUGCCCUUGGCUGGGCUGGGCUCCCUUCAGCACAUUUUGUCCUAGUUCUGACUGCUGAGGAAUGUCACUUGUCACACUUGACAGUUAAGCUUGAACCACUGACUGUUCUGAGCCCAGUGGCCCAGAAGUUUUUCACCCACCUUGUAGUUUGUAUCCUCAGUCUGGCUACAAGGCUGCUGUGAGACACGCUAGCGGAAGCCUUGUUGGUGUCAAGGUAAAUGGCACCUGCUGUCUCCCCUCUGCCAGAGUCAGUGGGGGGUCAGGCAGAAUGCACCCUUGGUGAAUUGGCAUUGACUGGCUGCUCUGCAUCGCCUGCUAUUGUACCUGGAACAGCUUCCACAAUGCCUUAUUCUGUAACAUUCCUGGGGACUGAAGCAAGGCUGAAAAGCCUGCGGUUCCCCAGAUCUUCUUUCUUGCCUUUUUGAAGGUGGUAGGAUUAUUUGCCUUUUUCCUCAUCUCUGUGACCUUUCAAAGAUGCCAGCAGCCUUGCAGUGACAUUAGCUAGUUGCAUUUACAGUUGCUUCAGGAAUCCGUUUUCCAGCUGUUUUUUUUCCUUGAUAUUUCUGGCAGGUAGAAUUGGGAGAGGUGGGCUACAUUAAUAUUCAUUUUGCUCUGAAUCCAUGCUAAUGAACUAUGUAGGAUUCUGGUUUUAAUUAAAGAAAAUAAACCCUGCUUCAUUCUUGUCUAAAAAUGUUCAUAAGACAAAUUUGCAUAAUCAGCAUUUUAAUAUGCAGCUUCCCAAGUUCUGCCCUGGUACAAAAAGCUGUGGUUUUCUCAGUAGAAUGUUGCAAUUUGCUCUUUGUGAGUUAUUAAUAAAAUUACUUUGACCUGCA